AUGCCCGCCCGCGAGGAGGGGAGUGAGGUGGGGAACGGGAUGCCGCCGCUGCUGGGCUUGGCGGAUGCGGCGGAUGGCCACGGGGCGGGCGCGUCGCUGUGGUCGCGGAUCCUCUGCUGCGGGGGCCCGCCGGCGGAGCCUCCCGUGAGCGGCUACGAGGUCCUGAUCCACGACUGCAGCCAGCGUUUCGGCACCAGCACGAUCCGCCUGUCGGACCCCAGGCUGAAGUCGAGGUUUCCUAUUUGGGUGAUUCUUGCACUGGGCCUGGUCUUUGUGUGUGGCAUACUGAUUGUCUUCUUCACGGUGCCCCGCGGGAUGUCCAUUGGGAGGACCUCCGCAUUCAACGUCACAACGAUCUAUUUGAACCAGACAUACUCCAAAUACAGGUUGGUAGUGAAGCUCAAGAUACCAAUCCUAAACUACAACUACAUUGACGGCUACGUUUCUGGCAACGUGACGAUGCGCUUCUACCAUGUCACGGCGGGGACGCAGCACAUAAAGAGGCAUCGCAUACAGAGCCGGUCGAUUUCAGGGUGCAGACAGACGGAGAUCACCGCGACCGUGGACGCCAGUUUUGUACCCUACGAGUACAUUGCCAGGGUGCUGGACAACUGCCUGAACUUCCCCUACGAGCUGGUUUUCUUUGUUUCAGGUGCAUUUGAGGUGGGCACUUCCCAGGGUGCAGCUUCAGUGACGACUCAACAAACGAGUGAUUGCUCAACGAACAUGUGA